UUAAAACAAAUAAUAGAAAAACUUUUGCACAAAGAGGAAUAUUGGUAGAGUUCAACAAAUAUUCGGCGUAAAAUUUAGAAAACCGUGUAUUAUUGCAAAAGUACAAACUUAUAAUGUAGAAAAAGUCAGCAAACAAGCUAUGUAGCCACUCCAUAAAGGAAUAUAAUAGUUUUUACGUUCAUAAAAGUACUUAAAAGGAAGGCACUCAGUCUUUAAUCAGAGUCGACAAAAGCAUAAAAUUCAAAUUAAAUUAGUGUAACUAUAGCCGAGUAAUCGCUGGGUGGUGGCAAAGGCAAUAAUGACUUUUAUACGCGAUCCUUGCGGCAUUGCAUGCCUAGUCAUCACCUACGGCGCAGUCUUUUAUGCAGACUAUGUUGUCCUACGUUGGAUUAUUUUGCAAACUAUGGAAGCGAGUAUUUGGGCACCAAUACAUGUAGUAUUAUUCAAUACAAUAGUUUUUCUGCUGUGCAUGUCGCACUUGAAGGCUGUGCUUUCAGACCCCGGGCGUAUACCGUUGCCUGCAAAUCGUUUAGAUUUUUCAGACUUACACACAACCGGGAAGAAUAAUAAUGAUGGCGGUAGCGAAUGGACUGUUUGCACACGCUGUGAAACAUAUCGUCCGCCACGAGCACAUCACUGUCGCAUAUGUAAACGCUGCAUACGACGCAUGGAUCAUCAUUGUCCAUGGAUAAAUAACUGUGUUGGUGAACGCAAUCAGAAAUUUUUCCUACAAUUUCUUUUCUACGUUGGCACUCUAUCACUCUAUUCUGUUGGAAUGGUUGGCUAUAGUUUUGUAUAUCCUUGCGAUGGCUGCAAUUUAACUACGCUGGAGACGCAGACGAGAAUGUUACACAGCGUUAUUCUGCUAUUAGAAUCGGCGCUUUUUGGCCUCUUCGUUUUGGCUAUAAUGGUUGACCAAAUACAUGCUAUAUUACAUGAUGAAACGGCUGUAGAAGCGGUUCAAUUGAAGGGCAAGGGUUUACAACGUUCUUCUCGGCGUGAAUUUCGCUUAUUCGCCGAGGUCUUUGGACGUGGCCAUCCAGCUUGUUGGCUUUUGCCAUGUACAAGUUUUAAUUCAUCACCGCGAUAUAACGAUAUACCACUUUUAAUGAGCUAUGAGGUCUAAAUGAAAUAAUUAAGGGAAUUUUAUGACUACAAAGUACGAGGUAUGCCAACGUAUGCUGCAAUCCUUUUCGAUUUCAAAUUGUUGAUUUACAUAAAUAUUAUUAUUUUUAUCAGCUAUGCUUUUGUUAUUUUAUCUUGAUUAAAUACUUCUGCUUUAUGUAUUAUUUUUAUUAUGACCGUAUAUAUAUAUUAUAUGUAUCUUUAUUUAACCUCUGUGCAAUUAGCAAAUAGUCUCUGAUAAGAUAAUAAAUUUUAAGUGGUAUUAAAUAUAUAGAUAUAUAAGUCU